CACUGUAUCUCUCUCUCUUCUCUCAAAGUACCGGCGGCGGCGGAAGGCACCAGUUGGAGUGCACGAGCGAAGCCAGUAUUCGCCGCGGGAAACGCAAAACUAAAGAGUUCUACCAACCUGUAGCCCACGGACUGAAGCUGGCACAUAGGCACCCUGUUGACACUAUCGGUACAACAAGUGCUGUCACUUUUAAGAGAAGCGCUCUCUUCCGCGUUGAAAAAUGGCAGACUCUGCAACGAACAGCGAUGGAGAGGACGGACCCCGGGAGCCCAUGCGGGGCUUUGCACGCCAAGGCGCCCUCCGACAGAAGAAUGUGCACGAAGUGAAGGACCACAAGUUCAUCGCGCGCUUCUUCAAACAGCCUACCUUCUGCAGUCACUGCACUGACUUUAUCUGGGGCUUUGGCAAACAGGGAUUCCAGUGUCAAGUGUGUUGUUUUGUGGUACACAAGCGUUGCCAUGAGUUUGUCACCUUCUGCUGCCCGGGUGCUGAUAAGGGACCUGCGUCAGAUGACCCCAGAGCCAAGCACAAGUUCAAAGUUCACACCUACUCCAGCCCGACCUUCUGUGACCACUGCGGAUCCCUGCUCUACGGACUCCUACACCAGGGAAUGAGAUGUGACCACUGUAUGAUGAACAUCCACAAGCGGUGUGUUGCCAACGUCCCCAGUCUGUGUGGGACAGACCACACUGAGAGGAGGGGACGCCUGCAGAUCACCGCCCAGAUCGUCAACAACGUCCUGACCGUCACCAUCGGGGAGGGUAGGAACCUGGUUCCUAUGGACCCUAAUGGCCUGUCGGACCCCUACGUGAAGCUCAAGCUGAUCCCAGACCCCAAGAGUGAGAGUAAGCAGAAGACCAAGACCAUCAAGUGCUGCCUCAACCCCACCUGGAACGAAACCUUCAAAUUUAACCUGAAGGAGUCUGAUAAGGACCGUCGCCUGUCUGUGGAGAUCUGGGACUGGGACCUGACCUCCAGGAACGACUUUAUGGGCUCUCUGUCCUUCGGCAUCUCCGAGCUGCAGAAGCAGGGCGUGGAAGGAUGGUUUAAAUUGUUGUCUCAGGAGGAAGGAGAGUACUUCAACGUCCCCGUGCCCCCAGAGGGAGAGGAGGGCAACGAGGAGCUCCGGCCAGAAAGAGCUAAGAUUGGCCCGAGCACCAAGAACACAGAGAGCUCGUCCGCCAACGCCGCCUCAAAGUUUGACUCGAACGGCAACCGAGACCGCAUCAAGCUCUGCGACUUCAACUUCCUCAUGGUGCUGGGCAAGGGCAGCUUCGGCAAGGUGAUGCUGGCGGAGCGCAAGGGCACGGAGGAGCUGUACGCCAUCAAGAUCCUGAAGAAGGACGUGGUGAUCCAGGACGACGACGUGGAGUGCACCAUGGUGGAGAAGAGGGUCCUGGCCCUGGCUGGGAAGCCCCCCUUCCUCACCCAGCUGCACUCCUGCUUCCAGACCAUGGACCGCUUGUACUUUGUAAUGGAGUACAUUAAUGGUGGAGACCUUAUGUAUCAGAUACAGCAGGUUGGCAAGUUCAAGGAACCCCAUGCUGUGUUCUAUGCCGCAGAGAUUGCCAUAGGCCUUUUUUUCCUGCACCUGAAGGGCAUCAUUUACAGGGAUCUGAAGUUGGACAACGUCAUGCUGGACGCGGAGGGUCACAUCAAGAUAGCCGACUUUGGGAUGUGCAAGGAGAACAUGCUGGAUGGUGUCACCACCAAGACCUUCUGUGGCACGCCCGACUAUAUCGCUCCCGAGAUCAUUGCGUACCAGCCCUACGGGAAGUCUGUCGACUGGUGGGCCUUCGGAGUGCUGCUGUACGAGAUGCUAGCUGGACAGCCUCCCUUCGACGGUGAAGACGAGGAUGAGCUGUUCCAGUCCAUCAUGGAGCACCAUGUGUCCUACCCCAAGUCCAUGUCCAAAGAGGCUGUCGCCAUCUGCAAAGGGCUGAUGACCAAGCACCCAGGGAAGCGUCUGGGCUGUGGGCCCGAGGGGGAGAGGGAUAUCAGAGAGCAUGGCUUCUUCCGCUACAUGGACUGGGAGAAGCUGGAGAACAAGGAAGUCCAGCCCCCGUUCAAACCCAAGGCUUGCGGAAAGGAGGCGGAGAACUUUGAUCGCUUUUUCACCCGCCAUCCCCCAGUCCUGACCCCCCCAGACCAAGAAGUCAUCCAGAACCUGGACCAGGACGAGUUUGAGGGCUUCUCCUUCAUCAACCCAGAGUUCCCUUCUGCUAGCCCAGAACAGAGCUAAGGCCCAGCACACAGACACACAGACACACACACACAGAUACAGUAUACACACACACACACACACACACACACAUGCACUCAGACUUAACACAUUGCAGUCCCACACUGAGAGAAAGUGCACUACACAGUCCUGACACACAUCCACACGCACACACACACACACACGCUUUCUCUCACACACACAUAUACACUCUUAUACAAAAGCUUUCCCAUGUCUCACAUAACUAUCUGCAUUCCUUAUGAUAACCUAGAAUGUGUGUAAUUUGUGGUAUCAGUUUUCUUGCUCCUUGGUUAUUUCAGGUCCAUACCUUUUGCUUUCUCUGGUGUGGGUGUCAUUUCUUGGGAUGACAGAGUCAUUGGGCUCCCCACACCAGCAGAAACUGGAAUGUUAAUUCAGAUCUGUUUGCAUGAGUUUAUUAUUUUUGUUAUGCCUGGAGCGAAGUUAGCUACAUAGCGAUAGGUAGUACCAAUCCUCCUUCUCUAGUAUACAUGUAAGCAAUGAGAGGGAGCAAGGGUUUGGUUUGUUAUAAAGCAUGAUAAAAAGGUUUAUGUUUACAAGGUGUGUAUGUGUGGCGGUACACACCUGCUUAAGUGUGUGUUAGCUUCUGUGGUGUUGUGAUGAAGGUCCGCAUAACAAGCCUUAGUUUAGCCACACCUACGUCCUUCAGGCACUCCUCCAUCAUCCCCCUCUCCCCCUAAACUAGGCUUGGUCUAGCCCGACCCCACUUGUUCUGUGGUCUGUUCCAGAGACAUGGAAAGAUACGUAUCUGGUUGGGUGAUGGUGAGAGAGUGGGACCGGAUUUUGUGUAUCCAUAAUGUAACUGGUGGUUUUUAAUCACUGCUGUGAAAUACUGCUGUCUGAUUGGAGCGCUGUGAAGGACUCGGUGCUGGAAGCUCCGUGAGUCAGACAGGAAGUCGUAUCUGUCCUGUUGUUUUGUUUUGCCGUACCCAAGCUAGCAAUAAUCCUGUGGUAGACAUGAUCAGAACUAACCUGCUGGGUGGAAUAUAGAGUAAAAAGGGGGGAGGGGGAGGUAUGGGUGUGGGUGGGUGGGGGUGGGCGAGGCGUCAGUUACCACGGCAACCCCAGUGGGCUGUAGUCAGUCUUAGUAACCAUGGCGACUGCUGCUGAAACGAGUGGCGGCAGUUGCAGGUUACCAGUUGUUACCCCUGGUUAUGUGGUGCCUCAUCAUAUCGAACUCUUCAUCAGAGGGCCUUCAGGGAACUGCAGAGCUGGUUACACGCUGUCAGGGAGAGGGUUUCCACAGUGGUCUAGGACUGUAGGACACUGCUGUGUCUGUGCUAGGGGACACCAUUCUGCAGCGCUGUGUCUGUGCUCUGUAGGAGACACCAUUCUGCAGCGCUGUGUCUGUGCUAGGGGACACCAUUCUGCAGCGCUGUGUCUGUACUAGGAGACACCAUUCUGCAGCACUGUGUCUGUACUAGGAGACACCAUUCUGCAGCACUGUGUCUGUGCUAGGAGACACCAUUCUGCAGCGCUGUGUCUGUGCUAGGAGACACCAUUCUGCAGCGCUGUGUCUGUGCUCUGUAGGAAACACCAUUCUGCAGCGCUGUGUGUGAGCUAGCUGUUCUAAUGAACAGGAGAGGGGUGUUUCUUGGCUCUCCAUCUGCAGAGCCAACAUAGCUGUCUCGUUUCUGCCAAAAUGUGCUUUGUAGAUAAGAACAGGGCAGACUUCUGUUUUUGCGAAUAUGACCAACAACAACUACCAAUACCUAUACAUACAUUUAUAAAUAUAUAUAGAAACCUGUGUCAAAUGUUAUGAUAUGUGUCUUUAAACAAAUGUGGUCAGUAUUGUAAAAGCUUCGGAUGAGAACUGUUUCCAGCUGAACUGUGUAUGUUGUUUUCUAUUGGCUGUGCACUGGCGGAGAAGGCAACUUUGUGCAUGAACUAUAUUAACCUCAGCUCAUGUUUGAUAAAUAAAAAACAAAGGAUUGACUCUCAGUGCUGGAGAGGACCAAUCCCUGCUAUCCUGUGUGCUUUGUAUGAUAGAUAUCAGAAAUGCUUCUCAAAUGCUUUCUAUGUGCCAAAGUAUUUUCCAGAAAAAAAGUAUACAUUCAAUAAACUUUGAAAAGGAA